AUGGAGAAGGAGCAUCAGCCAGAUUCAAUGGCUACAAUAACCAUGAAGCCGGAAUACCCACCAUCGGAAGUGUACAGCGCUUCCGAACCGCCACCGGCCUACCGUCACAAGACCUCGUCAUCAGUCCAGAUUGCGAGGAUCGCGGCAUUGACAAUAAUAGCCGCUUCCUUUAUCCUCGGCGCCUUCAUCUUGGCCUCCAGUUGGGUUGCUGCUCGCGCGUCAUGUCACCAAUUGGAGCAACUGGACGCCAUGCUAGACAAAGAGCUCGCCCUGGAAGGAAGAAGUUAUGGAAACGACGGCCUGCUUAAUGAUGAACUCUUGCCGAUAGCCAACGCACAUGCGCUGCACGCGGAACCCCCGCAGCAUUCAAGCCCAGAGUCUUCAAGCUCGUCUGCGCACUCGCAACCAGCUCCCGCUUCUGAUAACCAGGUUAAAGAAGAUGCUUUAAACCACGCCGAAUCCAAAAUCGACGAAGAAAAAUUACAGAAAAUCGAUGAUGACAAUACUAAGCCGGAUUCAGUAAACUCGGGUAGCAACGAGAGCUCCGAAUCAGACGGCUCCGACGAAGAGGAUGAAUUGGACGCCAUCAGGCCUAUGUUCAAGUUGCCCAUUCAGUUCGAUCUUGAUGAGCUUGCUGGCGCUUUCUUGGCGAACAACCAGAAAGGCCGCAUGAACUGCGUUGUGGAAAGACGCCACGAGGAGCCCAUGGAAAGGCGUUUCCCCUUCAACAUUCUUGGUGCAUUCGCUCCACGCAACACACAGACAGAGAGAAUUGCUAUCAUCUGUCAUGGAGGAGAUGAAUCGAGACAAAUGCCGGUAUUCCCGGAGCCCCAAUCGCAAGUGUUUGCAUUCCCGCUGUCAGGGCCAGUGCGUCUACCACUGAGACCGCAGCCCCAACCUCAGCCUGAACGUACACCCAUGGCAGCUCCUGAGCCUCGCAUGACCUCCUUCUCACCAAUGGCUCAUCGGCCAGCACCUUACCCAUUACCGAUGCCAUGGGAGUCUUCAGAGGAGCAGAUGGGUGCACCAAGACAGAUGCGUAUUCACGUUCAGCGUGUAUUCGCUAUCCCGGCCCCACACAACAUGCCACCACCACCUGCACCAGAAGUCAUGGGGGCCUUCGCACCACCACCUCCACCACCACAACAACAACCCCGCGAACAGAAUGAGCAAUCCACCGUCCUCCACCAAUUCGUACCUCAACCCGCACCUACGCAGGAACUGGAACAGCCUGAAGGAAGAUUUGAAAAUAAAAUGCAGAUGGAUGGAUCUACAGUUCAGAUGAACCUGCCAUGGGACUUGACUCCCGAAGACUUGCACAUAAUCCACCGAACUGCUCAGGACGCAGCUGCUAGCCAGCGACGUGACCAGCAAAUAGACAAUGACAUGCAAGAGGUGAAAACCAUCGUAAAUACCUUAGCGGCCGCGGCAGCAGAGGCCGAAGCGGAGGCUGAAGUCCAAGGCCAAGCCGAGGCCGAACGUCGACAGGCUGAAGCCGAGAGGCGUCAAGCCGAGAUGGAGCAACGCCAGAUCAUCCCGCAGGAAGCACCUGCACAGGCACCUCGGGCUCCGCGUACACUGUUACUGCCCCAAGACAUAGAUGAAAGGCCGCAUUAUAUGCAACCACGCUCCGUCCGCAGCGUCGAUGGGUUACUGCAUCGUGAAAAGCGCGUAAAGCGUUGCGACUGUAACUGCGAUUAG